UUAGCUUGGAAUGUUUUCAGGAUAUCUCUGAAUGAUAAUUUGGCUUCCCAUUGACCUUCACUUUCCGCUUCCCCGGCCCAGCUGCCUCUCCAGGUCCCGGCGCCCAUCACACCUCCCGCUGCCGUCUCCGACUCCAGCUAACCGUAAGCCAACGCCCCGUUUACAGCUGCCGCUCUUUGCUCCUCUCUACGCCCACCCCGUGACUCCCAAAUUCCGCGCUGCCAGGGGUCCAAACACCCGCAACAGAACAAGGCUGCGACAUCCGUGGUCAUUGGCCUCUCGGUAGCUGCGCCCCUGCGCUGUGCUGCGACUGCGCUGCUGGAAAGCCUGCAAACUCCCGGACGGUUCAGCAGGCCACCUUCUGACGCAGUGGCUGCAGCCAGACUCCUCUCUUCUGACGUUCCUCGUGUUCCUGGUGUUCCUGUUCCGGCUGCUGCCGCCCAGCAUACGCGUCACGACAGCCCCGCCCCGCUUUCGUGCUAACUUUCCCGCCCUCAGUGUGCUGCUGCCCGCGCAGCUGAGUGUUUGUGGCGCGUCGCUUGCUGGCGCUGGUGACGUCGAAGUGCAGUCGAGCCGAGCGGAGGGGCGGGGCGAGGCGGCUGAAGCUGCGCCGCUUUUACUUUCGUUUCCGCGGAGGGACGGAGGAGCGGCGGACGCGUUUACUGUUUGGAGUUUAAGAAAGUUUUAGGAAGGAAAUGUCAACGCAGGGCUCGGGCUGAGUUUGUGAGAGCGGCUUCAAGUUUUCAGGCCAUUCGGAGACCUGAUGUAAGGACUGAGCCUGUCCGUGGAAUGCUUUGUGAGAGGCAGGCGGGUGACUUGACUGCAGAGAGGAGCCAUCAUUCAGGUCAUCCUGUGCCACAUCAUCAGAUAACUAACUCCAUGGCGGCUUGUGGGCACACCAUCCGGGUGCUGGGAGUCCCCAGCAACGUUCUGUCCGCUGAAAGAAUGAGGGAUCAACUGACGAUUCACUUCCUGCGUCCCAGAAACCAGGGAGGGGAGGUCCUGAAUGUGACGUACCCCGCUGACUCGGAGGAGGAGGCUCUGGUCACCUUUGAGCUGAGCACAGUCAUGGAGCGCGUCUCGCAGCGGCCUCAAGUCCUGGAGCUCUUUGGAAAGACGUACCCUUUGAAGGUUCAGAGACCAAGCACUGCUGAUGCCCCACAGGUUGACCUGCUGGCGAGAACGACGCUCAACUUGGCCUUGUUCCCCGAUCCUUCUUGGGUCCGAGGGCUCGUGAUGGCGCACAAGUUCAGGGUCCUGCCAGGGGGCAGCGACUCGAAGGAGAUGCACAUUGAGGGGUCUUUCCUGGAACUGAAGAAACUUCGAGAAAAACUCCUUGAGCGGCUCCCGGCCACCCCCAGCUGGAAACCCGGCCCGGCAGGAGUCCACAAGCCGAGGGCAUCCGAAGCAGCGUUUGAGAACGGUGCCAGGGUCGGGGGUAUCUCGGGUGGUGACAUUUCUAAGGGUGCCGUCGGCUCAGACCUGAGCACCGAUGAUCAUCCUCGCACCCGCCUCAGGAACGCCGAUCUUCUGGAUUCUUCUUCUUCUGCCGCCUCCUCCUCCUCAUCGCGGCGGGCACUUUACAGGUCUCUCAGCGUGGACCGCGCCAGUUAUGCCAGCCGGCCUGCAGAUUCUUCUCAGCAUUUUGAACGAGGCGUCUCCAGCCGGUCCGAAGCGGCGCUCGUCGUCGUGGAUCGGCAGCUGCUGAAGUUUGCGCAGAUCUUUCUGAAGGACAAGUUGGCAGCCAUCAUAGACCCUCGGUGUGUACUGAUGAAUGUGCAGGAGGCUGGAGAUGUCAGCCACAUAUAUUUGAUGCCUGUGGUGGGCUGUGCCAACCUGCAAGAGGUGAAGUCGAGACUGUCGCAGUUCUUGCACGAGCUGGAGAGCGGCCUGUGCCACCUGACGAUUGACACGAGUCACAUGAGCUUGGAGGACAGGAGAGGAGCGGUGAGCAGACUGCAGAACAUGAAAUGGCAGUACGAGGUGUGGAGCGAAAUGGAAGAGCAGCACAUUCAUCUGAUUGGCACCCCCGCUGCCACCCAGGAGCUGAAACGAGCGUUAAUGGGGGAGGGACACGAGCCAAUCGGCGACAGUCGCCAAGGACGCAGCACGAGCAGACUGGACAGGACUGGGCUCCGCCGCAGCUCCUCCCUACCCCGCAAUCUGCAGGGCAGCCCCCAGCUGGUGCCCGCCUCGAUGCCCUCUGAUAGAAGACCGGAGAGGGUGGCGGCGGCGGCGGGCAGCAUCCCCUGGCGGCAGCAGUCGAGGAGCGGGCGCAGAGUACGGGGGCAACGGCAGGCCAUGGAGGUCUGGGACUGAGCAUCUGGUGGCAAGUAGUGAACACAAGCAGGUUCAGAGAAGUGCCCAGCCUAUGCCACCCAUUCCUAAAACACUCCUGAAGUACAGAUUAACACGGACCCAACUCACGAACCACACGGAGAAGUAGAAGGAGCGGGCUCCUAAACCCCGUGC